AUGCCCGUUCCCGCUGGCCCCAUUGGCCCCCGCAGUCACAUGCCGGGCGGCGGCGGGGCUGCCGCUCCUCCCUCCAUCCCUCGUCCGUCCCUGCCUCCCUCGGCCGGGCUGAACGCUGGGAGCGGCCGCGAUCGCACCAUGAGCACCCUCAAGGUCUACAGCACCUCGGUGACCGGCUCCCGGGAGAUCAAAUCCCAACAGAGCGAAGUAACCCGAAUCCUUGAUGGGAAGAACAUCAAGUACGAGCUGGUGGACAUCUCCCAGGACAACGCUCUCCGGGAGGAGAUGAGGGCCAAGGCAGGCAACCCCAAAGCCAUCCCACCCCAGAUCGUCAACGGGGACCAGUACUGCGGGGAUUACGAGCUCUUUGUGGAAGCUGUGGAACAAAACACUCUGCAGGAGUUCCUGAAGCUGGCCUGAGCCCUGCUUCCCCUCCCAUCCUGGACUCUACCUGCAUUCCUGAGCUCCCUCAUCUCUGACCACCUCCACCUGCCGGGUGUCAGCGCUGUCCUGGCACCGUGUGUAUCCCAGCACAGGGAAAAACCCAUGACCAAAACUCCUCAUUGCAGCUGCCUCCGGCUCCCUCCCGCCUAACCCCGAGAUCAUCUCAGAGGGAUCCAAAGAAAGUGUGACGCUCUCUGUGCUUGGCCUGUGAGCAGAGCUGGGCCUGGCUCACGGCAGCUUCCAGUGCCUCUGUAAACAGCAAAGCCUCCGGGGCUGUGAGAGGUGCCCCUGGCCCUCAGCCCCCUCCUCUGCCUUGGUAGGGAAGGGCUUAGGGCUGUAUGGUACUUCCCACUUCUCCCAGUUGCUGUUAAAAUUGUAAAUUCUGCUGCCUCACUUCCUUUUCUUUUCAUGUUUUUCCUCACUCUUUCAUCUCAACUGCAGAGAUUAUGGCAACUAAGUAAAGUUUUUUGUUUUGUCUUAACUUAAUGCAAAAAUACUGCACAGAACUGGGGGUCUUAGUGCCCACCACGGUGGAGCUUUCUGGGGGAAUGGGUGGGGCUGGAAGUGGGAUCUGUGCUGCUCUGGCCACCCUCCACCCUGACCAGGCUCCCUUGUGAGCAUUAAUGGCUCAGGGCUGCCCCAGAACAGCUGAUGUUCCAGCUGUCCAAUCUUUCCUCUUUGAGUUGGCUUUUUUGCAAUCCUGGACCAAGUGCAUUUUGUUUUCCUGCCAAAAAGCAAGUUUAUAACCAGUGUUGUCUUCUGAGAUGCUAUUAAAUGUUAC